AUCUGUUUUAUUGAAAUACUUAAUAUACUUCAAAAGAGGUUAUUAGAAAGAUGAACAACUUUAGCUCACUUGUAAAGAUUUUGGAUGAGAAUCAUCUCAAAGGUCCAAAUUAUAGUGAUUGGAAAAGGAAUUUGAAUAUUGUACUCAUUGCUGAAAAGUUGGUUCAUGUUUUGAAUGAAGAACCACCAAUUAUGCUUGAACCAGGUGCAGAUGACAAUGCUCAAGAAGCUUACCAAUUAUGGUUUGACCAUGAUUCCUUUGCUAAGUGUUAUAUAUUAGCAUCUCUUGAGAAUAGGCUUCAAAAGCAACAUGAGAAAAUGGCUACUACUAAGGAUAUAAUAGCAAUCUUGAAAGAGAUGUUUGGACAACAAAAUCAUUCUGUAAGACAAUCUACUAUGAAAGGGCUUAUGUCCACCAAGAUGACUGAAGGAACUCCAGUACAUGACCAUCUCAUGAUGAGGAUAGGCUUUAUUAAUGAACUGGAAUCUCUUGGGUCUGAGAUAGACAAUGAGACAAAGAUAGAUGCGAUCUUAUCUUCACUACUAGAUUCAUUUAAUCAAUUUGUUUUGAAUAUUAAUAUGAAUAAGAUGGUAGUAACCCUUCUUAAGCUUUGUAAUAUGUUACAAAGAGCUAAGGAACUAAUUAAGAAAGAGAAGCUUAUAAUUAUGAUAGUAGAAAAAGGAAAGUCCUCAAAGCCUAAGUAUAAAAACAAGAAAAGGAAAUUUGGGAACAACAAAGGUUUUAAACAAACCCUAGGAGGCAAUGCUAAAAAGGUGAAAAGGGAUAAAUUAAAAGAUGCUUGUCAUUUUUGUGGAAAGAAAGGUCAUUGGAAAAGAAAUUGUCACCAAUACCUAACUUCACUCAAGAAACCUUCAGAAGGUAUGUUAAUAAAUUUACUCAUUGUUGAAACCAAUUUGUUGGAUGGAAUUGAGAAUUCUUGGUGUAUUGAUUCUGGUGCAACCUCUCAUGUUUGUAAUACAUUGCAUGGUUUUCAGGAAAUAGAAGGUUGAAGGAAGGGGAAAUCAUUUUGCUUUUAGGAACAUCAACAAGAGUUGCGACAACUUCUAUAGGAACUUUUAGUUUAGUUUUGCAAGGAGGAACUAUUUUAUUUUUAAAAGAUUGUCUUUAUGUACCACAAGCUAGGAGGAAUUUGAUUUCUAUUUCUAAAUUAGCUGAACAGAGUUAUUCUUUUUUAUUUCGCAAACAUAUUGUUACCAUUCAUUUAAAUAAUAAAUUCAUGGCAUCAGG